AUGAUAACACUACAAAAGUUACCACCAGAAAUCUUAAUAACAAUAUUUAGUUAUCUAGAUGAAAAGGAUCUAAUAUUAUUACAAGAAUUAUCUUCAUACUUUAAUGACUUAAUUAACGAUGAAGAAUUAUGGAAAAAUCUAUUUAAAACGAGAAUACAUUCCACUCAUUUUCCAUCGUUUUCGAACUCAAAUAAAUAUAGUAUAGAAUACGUGGAAAGAAUUAAAGGUUUGAAUCAAUGGAAACAUAAUAGAGCCAUCAAAACAAAAUAUAUAGUAUCCCCAACUCCAUUAAUCAAUCAACAACACCAACAACAACAAGACCAAAUUGAAAAGAUCUAUUUCGAUUAUCCAAGAUGUGCUUGUUAUAACGAUGGAGUUAUCACUCUUAUACAAUUGCAAUCAAGAAAGAAUAAACAAAGAAAAUUCACAUAUAUACCAUGCACUACUCCACAAGGUUGUUCCACAAUGAAUUUUAAUAUAUCAGCAGCUGUAUUUGGAAGAUUUGAUGGAAGAGUCUUUGGUAAAUUAUUAAGUAAUAAAUCCUAUUUGACCCCAAUAACAGAAUUUGAUUCAAGACAUUCCACUACAGUAACAGCUAUUACAAAUUCAUCAUUAUCUUCAUCAUCAACAGCAGGAAAUAGUGAAUCAAAUCUUAAUUGGUGCGUAAGUGGAUCUGAAAAUGGUGAAAUCAUUUGGUGGUGUGAGACGAAAAAAAUGAAAUUCAUCAAGAUUUCAAAUAAUACUAUUCUCAGUUUAGCAUUAUUGAAAGAAUGGACCAUCUCAUUAGAUGAGGAAAAAAUUUAUAUCAUAAAAAACAUGGAAGAAAUCCAUUCUUUACCAUUGCCUAUCACUCCCACCGCCGGUAAUAAACCAUUGCAAGUACAUUUCUUUAAAAUAGAUUUUGGUUCUAAACAACUAAUAAUUGCAGAUUUGAAAACAUUGUACAUAAUUUCAUUCGAUCCAAAUCAAAAUUUUGGCUUUACUAAAUCUUUCACUUUUGAAGAUACUCAAACAACAAUAUCUGAUAUUGUCAUCGAUGAACAAACGUCAAUAAGAGAACAAAAUUUACAAUUAGCAGGUAACGAUGGUUGUUUCAUAUCAGUUUUAACAUCAUUGAAUGAAAUUUAUAUAAUAAAUAUAAGAAUUCCAGGCCCUACCAUUAAGAUCCAAACAAUUUUACCUUUCCAUGAUGAUAUCGUUUACAAGUGUCAAAUUACAAAUUUAGUACUAGUUGUAGCAUUCAAUGGAUUCCUACAAAUUUAUGACGCAAUUAAUGGUGCCAUGAUUAAAAGUAUACAAAAGACUGAUCAAUUCCCUGAAUUUUUAAACAUUUCUCAAGGUAGGAUGAUAAUCGGUAAUGGUAAUACUAUCCAUUAUUUACAAUUCAUUUCAGAUGAUUUAAUGAACAAGAAAUCAAAACAUCAUCAUGGCUCAUCAUCAUCACGAAGUCAACGUGGUAAUAAAUGGAAUGAAACUUUACAUUCAGGUUUGGAAAUGUAUGACGAAGAGAAGAAUUUAGCUGCAAAAAAGGAAAGACAAAAUGCAAAAUUGUUAGCAUUGUAUGGUGGUGAUCUUAAUGAUAUGGAUGAUGAAGAAAUACAAUUGAAAAUUGCGUUAAUGGAAUCAGAAGAGGCAAAUAGCAUACGAGAUAAUAAUAUUCUAACGACGCAAGCGAGUGUUCAUGAUGGAAAUGAAGAAGAAGAAGAAGAAGAAGAAGAUUUGCAGAGAGCUAUUGAAGAAUCUCGACGUCUUCAUGAAUCAGAAAACAGUUUUGCCAAUGAAGAUGAUGAGGAUUUCUUAAGGGCCAUCGAACAAUCUAGGUUAAUAGAACAAGAAGAUAUUGAAAGCACAAACAGAAUACGAACAAGAAGAAGUCCCUUAUCAACUCAUAAUCACCCGAAUGUGUCAUCUCAAAAUAAUAUCAACGAUCAAACUGAUACUUCACCAACUGAUAAUAUUACUGAAGAUGAACAAUUACAAUUGGCAAUUGCCUUAUCAUUAAGUGAAAUCAAUGAAUGA